GGGCCUCUCAGAAGAACGCAAAGCGGGCGGAACAAAGGAGCCACACUCCACCACGAACGCAGAGCCUGUCCCGCCAGAAAACGUCCAGAGACAGGCACCUCUCCUGCUUGCCCCCAGACCCCUCUUAACCCACACUAUGGCUGAAACGGAUUCCUUUCUUCACCUCGCUCGCCCUCUGGGUCAGGUCGCAGUGGGCGCUGCUCCCAGUACCGCGCCGCUGAACGUGGUCAUCCAGCCUCAGGCUCUGUUCUCCAUUCUCGAUCACUCUCUCCGCCGGAAUGCCGACCAGGAGCGUGUCAUCGGAACCUUGCUAGGAACCCGCUCUGAAGAUGGAACCGAGGUGGAAAUCCGCAGCACCUUUGCGGUGGGACACACGGAGACGACGGACCAGGUCGAAGUCGACAUGGAAUACCAGAAGCAGAUGCUUGCGCUGCACCUGAAGGCCAACCCCAAGGAAGUCCUUGUCGGUUGGUACGCCACAUCGUCCGAGCUCAACACCUUCUCGGCUUUGAUCCAGAACUUUUAUAGUGGCCAGGGUGACGGCACCUGGCCCCAUCCUGCCGUCCAUCUGACUGUGUCGACCGAUGCUGGCAAGGAUAUUGAAACCCGUGCCUAUAUUUCGGCGCCGGUGGGUGUGACCGCUGAGAGAGCCGCCGACAGUGCGGCUUUUAUCCCCGUGCCCCACGAGGUCCGAUACGGCGAGGCGGAGAAGAGCGGUCUGGAGGCCAUUGCCAACGCCAAGGAGGUUGAGAACCGUUCCACCACCAUCUUCACUGAUAUCGAGGCUCUGGAACGCGCGAUUGAGGAGGUGAUUGGCAUGAUCGAUCGGGUCUCGAGAUACGUCGAGUCCGUUAUCGACGAGGAGGCCCCCGCGUCGACCGCUAUGGGCCAAUUCCUUCUCAACACUCUGGCUCUUGCGCCUAAGGUUGAGCCUGCCGAUAUCGAGCGGGAUUUCAACAACCACAUUCAGGAUGUCCUGGUCGUUUCCUAUCUGGCAAACACCAUCCGUACACAGAUGGAGCUGUCAACCCGUCUUGCAACGGCCCAGCUCACUCUAGGAGGAGGCGAGGUGGCCGUGGAGGUCAGCAACGCACCCAGGAGCGUGCUGCUCCUGAAGAAGCCCGUGCUUAGACAAAGGGGAAAACAAUCAACCAAAAAAUGAGCUUGUAUGGUUCUUUCUUUCUCGCUUCCUUUUCCCCACCAAUAGGGGAUCUUUACUACCAUAUCCUGUCAUGACCUCCCCUUCACCUUCCCUCCUAUUCUUUGGCAUUUGCACUUUUUGCUUGGGAUGGCAGAAAGAACGGCGUAUCGGAGUCAUCUGGCCUUCUUCAGACCGAAGAACAAGAGAACGCAACCCCCGAGAAAGAAAAAAGAGAAGAGGUUCCUUUUCAUGCGAUUUUUUUACAUUUUUGCGGGCUUCGAGGGAGUCCCU